CGCAGAUCAUCGUCGUUCGUUUAUAACCCUGACCUCGAAUCAUAAGGCAGUUCUUCUAUUCUUUGGUUCUCUAUUCUCUAGCGUAUUUAUUAAUUUCCGAGCGGUCUUGUGUUGAAACCCUAAAAACAUACCGAACCGAAAACAACACAAAGGAAAGUCGCAUACCUAUAUUGUAGGAACCAAUACGAUGGCUUCGAACGAUGUUACGCAACCGAUGACGGAAACGAGGGAUGGACGCGGUAAUAUCUCGCCUGUGAGCGACCCAGCGCCAGCCAAUCGAGAGCACACUCCAGCUCCGACGGCGUCGAGCCAUCCCCGAGGACCGACGGAUGCGAUUUCACCGGUACUACCGACGAGACCGACGGCGAACGCGACUGUUCAAACGCCCCCAUCCGCACAUCACCAACCGUUGCCGCAGCCGUACCAGCAAUACCCGUCGCCCUACGGGCCGUACCCCUGCGUGUACAUGCCGAGGCGGCAGCCCCCGCCAUACUCGAAGCCGUGGACGGUAACGAAGCUCAUCCUGACCAUCGCGGUGACGCUCGUGUCGAUCGUGAUCCUGGCGCUGGCGUGCGUCUUCAUCGGCGAGAGGGGCGACGGGGAGGUCACGGCGUGGUACGGGCUGCCGAUCGUGAUCGCGUCGAUUCUGUGGAACGGCGCGGAGCUGAUCACGUACGCGGUGCGGUCGCGCGGCGACGUGAAGCGCGGCAUCCACCCGGGCGCGCACGUCGGCCUGCACCUCGUGUUCUGGCUCGUCGGCGUGUUCGCGGUGCUGGGCACGGCGACGGUGGCGCUCAGCACGCAGCGCAUGGCGCGGUUCUGCGACGACGAGGCCGGCCGGCCCUACACCCGCUGGAGCUACUGCGACGGCUACAGCUCCUUCUACUACAUGCAGAACAUGUACAUCCCCACCCUCCGCGCCAUGACCGCCAUGUUCUGCCUCUGGACCCUCGGCCACUUCGUCCUCUUCGUCUUCGCCUGCAUCGAUACCCACCGCCGCAACCUCGCGAAGCCCGCCGGCGUCGUCGUCGCCCCGCCCCCGCCCCCCGGCGCCGUCUUCUACCCGUAUCCCCCCAUGCCCAUGGCGCCCCCCCAGGCGCAGCUCGCCCAGCCGAACGCCGCUGGCACGCCGAAGGGUCCCGAGACCAGCGCCCCGCCGCAGCAGAACUACCAGAACCUCGCCGGCUUCUACGCGCCGCUCGGUUCGGCCCGGGCUGCCCCAACGUCGUAAUGUAUUCUUUUGAGAUCAAACAGAAGAGGAUGAACGAAAGAGGCACGGCCGUCGAAGGAGUUCCGUGGUAUCUGUGUUCAGCACUUCCUGCGUUUUUGAGACCCCGCGUAUGUGUGCGUUUAGCGCUCGGCUAUAGGCACGACGUGCGUUAGCACGGCCGUGGCUUGCUCGAUACGGCUUUAUCUAGGACGAAGGCUGCUUGCCGCCAGCUCUUCAUGUUGAUGCGUACUGUUGAUACCCCCAGCGUUGAGUAUAUGUGCGUAUACACAUAUACACAUAGGUAACUAAUACAUUUUAUACAUUCGCCUAGUUGUGCAAAGCUGGAACAACUCAUCUGCUGUCGUUGUACUGGUUCUCUUCUGUCCCCCAACUCACCGCUGUUCGUAGCACGGAAGCCCCUAGGAUCAAGGGUUUUAGCCGAUAUUACGUAGGGGCGUAGUAGCCCCCUCCAUGCGUAACUAC